GUCAUAAAUAGGCACGUGACUUCUGCUUGUCCUGGGUUGUCAUGACAACUGCCUGACGGCGCUAUUCAGGGAAGUUUCCAAAAACAAAGGAUACAGCAGAAAUGCUAGGAGCUGGCAAAGAGUACGCCAAACCAGAGCCUGUACAGGUCCCUUUUCUAGAACUGACCGAUGUGGCGCAGCUUCCAGAGAACACCAACUGUCUGACAUGCACAGCAGACGGCAGAUUUCUAGGCUUGGCUCACACCCAGGGCCUCUCUGUGUGGUGUGCUUCCUCUUUCACCCUGGUUGCAGAAUGGCUUCAACCACAGCUGGAAUUGAUCUUCAUCCAGAUGACCAGAAUAGCUGAGACGACCUCUCUGCUUGGGACCGUGGAUGACAUGGGUGUUGCCAGAGUGUUUGGGUUUCACUCGGACACUGUUCAUCUUCUCAGUGUUAUCAACGCAGUGGAAGAUGUCACUGUAAGAAGCAUUUUUCUGACGUUUGACCUACAUGAAGGGGGGCAUUACGGAGCUGCAUCAGUAAGCUGCAAUGGCGUAUUGUGGCUAGAGGUCUAUCAGUUUCCUGUAGAGCAAUGGCUGAAAGAGCUAGAGACGGUGUCAUCACAAAACAAGGAUGAAAAUGUAACUAAAGGAUCGGGCAUGAAAUGGUCUCCUUUUACACUGAUGAUGAAAAUCUCUCCACCUACACUUCCAACAGGAAAGCCAUUGGACUUUUUGACACACUGUUUGACUGUCGAUAUAAUCAGGAGCAGCGGUCUUCACAAGGAACAAUCCUCCUUCAGUUCAGACGCUGCAACAACAAAGAACACACAUGAAAGCCCGAGUUGCACUCAGCACUUUCUCCUGCCUUGCGAUGGGCCAACUGGUGACAGUAAAGCAAACCCAGCAGGACUCCCUGUGGCUGUCGCUGUGUGGUGGAGUGGAUCCACUAGUCUCCUUCAGUAUUUACUGCAAAAAACCCCAAAGAACAAAUCAGAUGUGGCACCCGUGCCAGAAAUGCUGUGGCCAAAUGCAAAGGAAAUCCUCUGCUCGGCUGUCAGCAGAUGUACUUGCUUAAUCGCUCUCGGGCUUGAGGAUGCUACUGUGUACAUCUGGAACAGACAAUCUGGAUCCCCGGUCUCCGUUGUUCUGGUACCAGGAGACACCAUCGCCUUCUCCAGGAUACAGUUUGUUGAUAACUGGUCUGUUCCUGCUCAGGACUGUGAUAUCAUCGGUACAGAACUGGUCGGUAUGCUGGUGUCGUGUAAAAAUGGAGCAGUUUACAUGGUGACUGCUGGACUAGGCAUGCGGUCCAGCACCGUCCAGCUCUUCGAAAGACCAAAAGACAGCAGGGAUCUCCCGACUGUUGCUAUACCUGUGCCUUUCCUGCAGGCUGUGUCACUUAUCAUGCAAAGAAGUGGGAAAAUGUUCCUGACAGAAGCCAUCAACAGAGAAAUUGUGUGCUACCUGACUCUUCCGACAUCCCACCAAACCGUUUCACUCUACAAUCCCAUUUACACACUAAACGCCGAACGGCGAGCGCUGUUCAUACGAGGUGACCAGGAAACCAGUGAUCGGUUGGACAGCCUAAACCAGAGUCAGCUCUUUGUCUUCUAUUUCAGUCAGUCUGACAUCAUUAAGCCUCACAUCGAUUGUCCCAGACAGCCAGCAGUACUUCACCAUGGUACCCUGGAGGAAAUAUGCAACAUCUAUCUUGAGCAAAGAGCGCAGUCUGUGGAAGAAAGGAACAAAGCUCUUGAACAAACAUGGGAAAAGAUGCAGGAAACCGCGUCGGCGUUGCAGCGCGCACAUCGGAGCCACAAACAUCACAAGAACGUCAACAAAUGAGUUACUGAUAGGAUGUGAAGGCUAAAUGAAAAUGUGGCGCAACCCGAGGAUUUAUGCUAACAGUCACUGCUGUGAAAUCUCCACUGGCAGGGUGAAUCUGUGUGGGAAAAGUAGCAGGGUGCAACUUUCCUCUCUUUUUCAUGGCAUAACCCAACAGCAGUCUAACACCCCGUAGCUCCUCACUAUGAAUCAUACCAGCCAUAAAGUUGGGAGAGACCGUGGUUUGGUUUAUUUACCUCAUAAAAACUCAAGAGUGGACAUUUUACAGUAUCCUGCAGAUUUAUUCAUGCUUUUCAUCUUUUUCUUAACAUCAGUUGAUAUAUUUUAUUGGGAUUAAAUGUGAGAGGUCUUUUUUUGUCUUUUUUGACAAGCAAACACUGAACAGCUUAGGGUGAUUUCAGCUAAAGAUUUCCGCUUCUGCGACAUCUGCUCAAAGGAAACUGUUCCAAGAUCUUGUAGUUUAUUCAGAUGGAACUUUGUAGGUCCAGCUUGUGCUGACAUGUCAUUUCAGAAAGAAAAGAUUCCCAACUUUCAAAAAGCCAAACAUCUUCAGGGUUUUUUUAUUUUAUUUAUUUAUUUAUUUGGGUAGUCAUGAGCUUUGACAUUUCACAUGGUAACUGGAGCAUGAUAUGCCGUUUCUGUGACUGUGGGGAUCUUCUGUUCAGAGUUACAUCAUUUGACCUCAAGAGUGAACAUCAUAGGGAAUCCAACUUUGCUAAGAAUCACAACUUUCAUAUCUGUUAUUUUACUCCAGAAUAAUCCUUCUCAUUCCUGCUCUACUCUCUAAAAUUUGUAUUUUGAGCUAAUCAGCAGUUUUUAGAUUUAUACUUCCAUUCGUUUAUUGUAAAACUCUAAAAUAUAUUAUGCUCUAUUGCUUUAAUGCCUUUUCUAGUGCUUUCAUUUUCUUGAUGCCUAAAAUAAUCGAACUGAAACUGAUUUGUGUUGCCUUAAAAAAGCAUGCAUACCCUCAAAACACUAUUUUUAUUUAGAUUUUAUGCGCCACAACAAUACAAAGUUGCGUACAACUUGAGCGUGGUGAAAUGGUCACAUGUUUUUUGAGCAUUUGUCAAA